AUGACGUACGACCUCUCCUAUCCUGGUCAGCGAUGUAUUAUCGAGUUUCUGGAGGCGAAUAAAAGAAUUCGUCUCGUCUCUCGCAGCCCCGCUCUUCAACAAGCUGAAAAAUCGAUUCCAUUCAACUUGGACCAUGUUCAAAUCACAGGAAUUUCGUUGGCAUUGAACAAGAUCUCUAUCGAAAUUCACAUAGCGACAGAACAAAUCACUGAAAACGAUCCUCGAUAUGAAAGUAGACCGGAUGAGGUCAGAAUGCAACCUGGAUUUAUCAGAUCAGGACACUCAGAUUCUGUAUGGCACCGCCGGUUUUGCGAAGUUGUUUUCUCUAGAAAUAGAGAAAGGAUUGCUAGCAGACCUCUCCCUGAGAACGUAAAGGAUUACAUCGCACUGGAAAAGUUGAAUCAUAUUAUGUUGGGAGGAAGGAAGGAUAUUCGAGUGAACAUGCUGGAAUUCAAUGUGUACUAUUCUCGAGCUAUUCUUCGUUUACCCGAAGGAUUGAAUUUCCGGAUCAAAGAACUCAACACAAAUAGAGAAGAUUUCAAAUACUACCUUCCGCUUAUCGAUGUAUCCAGUUUUCCGCUGAAGAAACUCCAAAUUCCUUUCUGUGGAUCAGAAAUCUUUGAACAUCAAAUUGUUCAAAAUUCAGACUUUUUAGCCAUUAACGAAAUGUCGCUGCGACUCAAUGAGACUAUUCCACUAAAUGAUAUAAGAAAGCUCACUAACAAAACUGUUUUAAUUCAGUACAGUAAAAUUAGUAAAGAGGGUGUGAUGACACUCAUGAGAAAUUGGUUGAGUGGCGAGAAGUCAAUUGGAACAACUCUAAUGUUGGAGAAGUCUUUCAUGCCGAUUAAUCAGGCAAUACUCAGGUCUAUUAAGGAAACAUAUGAGGAGUUUGAAGACAACUUGGAAAAUGUUGAAGAGAAUUUCCUUCCAAACUGUCCCCGCUUCUGUAUUCCUAUCAACGAUUCGUCGAAUCUUUUGGUUUAUGGAGUUGACAGAGGCAUUGAUAACAACUUUAAUUGGCACAUCUCAGCAGUUGUUAUGAUAGUGGUGGCGACGGCUUCAGAAGUGAUACCUCGAAAUUGUCAGAAUGGUGUGUCACUUGUUCUCCCAUCUAUGAUCUUUCUGUUGUUUGCUUUCUCAUUUUUCGAUGCUCCGAGCACUGAGUUCUAA